AUGGAAGCAACUAAAGAAUCUCAACAUCAACCUCAUUAUGAAAGCGAGCUUGGGUAUCACAUCGGGGAUCCGCGUUUUGCGUGCGAUGAUCAGGACAGCGAGACAGUCACGUCGACUGCGCAAGUAAGUUGAGGCUUUUUUGGUUGAUUUUGGUGUUUAGAAGAUUAACGAAGCUCGGGUCACGGACAUUCUUGACAAACACGCGAAAGAAGAGUUUUAUCUGAACAAAGAGCCGCAUAUCAAGUGGUUCAAGGAGAAUAUCGCCUUAUUGCCAAAUGGUUACGCUGUAAGUUUAUAUGAAUUAUACAUGAAAAGAUAGAGGAGAAUCUUGGGAUACUUGUGCAAUAUGAUGUGCUGGGGUUUUGACUGUUUUACACAUGUAAUUUGAAAGUUUCAUUGUGACACUGGCUGAUGUUAUCCUUAAAGUUUUUAGGGUCAAGAAUCAAGCAGAACAUGGUUUUGCUUUUGGUGUUUGCAUGGUCUAAAAUUGCUGGGUUAUAAACUCACUAAAGAAGAAGAAAAACAGUAAGUUUUAUAUUAAAAACGUCUAUAAACUUGGCUUUACAUCAACACGUUUAUGAGUAAUAUAAAAAUUUUGUCUUUGACUUAUUUUUUUGUAGAAUUUUAAAUGUUCGGACUAUUAAUGUGUUUUUUAUAGGUUUAUUGUGUUUUUGAAAUCAUGCCAGAAUCCAGAAGGUGGUUUUGGCGGAGCUCCAGGAAAUUAUUCUCACAUGGCCACAACUUACGCUGCUGUUAUGUCGUUGGUCACUAUUGGCACGGAAGAAGCGUUAGCUGUUAUUGACAGGUAAUAAUCGGUUAACAAUAGCAUCUUCUAUAUUUCUUUUCGAAAAAUGUUAUUUUAAGUAGCGUUUUGAUUAAUAAUGGCAUUUUUGGACGAGAUAAGGUGUGGAUGGCUUAGUUAAUGAAGUUUUUGUUUUUUUAGCUAAAAUUUUACUAAUUUUUGCUAUGUUUUCAAUUUCAGGAAGAAGUUGAUUGACUUUUACUGGACUAUGAAGUUGCCUGAUGGAAGUUUUAUGCUGCACGAGACAGGCGAGAUUGAUGUUAGAGCUGUUUACUGCAUGAUAGCUUGUUGUUAUGUUUGUGGAAUUAUGAAUGAGCCGCUGUUUGAGGGCGUUGCUGGUUGGUUGACGAGGUAAGUCUUAUCUUUUCGUAAAUUUGUGAUUUUUAAAAGAUUAGUUUUGUGCCUAAAAUACGGUUUUUUGGCUGAAAAAACGUGAAUUUUUAGCUUAAAGUAUCAACUUUUAUAUGAUUUUUGGAUGAAAAAUUCUAUUUUUGCAAAAAAUCGUUGACUACAACAAGCUAUUUCAGAUGCCAGACCUACGAAGGUGGAUUUGCGGGAGCUCCGGACUGUGAGGCUCAUGGUGGAUAUACUCUAUGUGGAGCAGCUGCCUUGGUUUUGUUGGAAAAAGGUCAUCUGAUCGAUGCAGAAGGUCUUUUGAGAUUCUGUGCCUUCAAGCAACUGCCAUUUGAAGGUGGUUUUUCGGUAUGUUAUCGACUUUUUUAUAUUGAUUUUUAGGUUUGUACCGGUUAAAAUCAAAAGGAGGUUAAUAUCAAAAAAAUGAGCAUUAUGUAUUUAAAAUCAAAUUUCAGGGCCGUACCUGCAAGCUGGUUGACACAUGUUACAGUUACUGGGUUGGAGCAUCAGCUAUCAUCGCCCAAACCUACCUAAAUCCUCAACCGGCCGACUUUGUUGCUUUCAAUCCAAAAGGCCUAGAGGAAUAUAUUCUGUUUGCUUGCCAAUGUUUUUCAGGCGGCUUCAGAGACAAGCCAGGAAAGUGUCCUGAUCCAUAUCACUCUUGCUACGCCUUGGCUGGAUUGUCAUUGGCUCAACAUCAACAAGGCGUCUCUCCGAAUUAUGAUCAGCCAUUGGUAAGAGUUUCUUUGAGAAAGGCUUGCUUUGGUCGAAAAGUUGUUGGAGUUUUAAAUUUUUAAAAAUUUUAAAUUUAAAAAUUUUUAUUUUCAGUCCAAACUCAACGUCCUCCUGAACGUGUGCGAAGAACAAUUCGAAUUCGCGGUGGAUUACUUUACCAGGAACCCAUUGUAA